GCAGCCGCGCCAGGCAGGGCAGCGUGUGGGCGACCAGUCCCGUCCGUCACCUCCUCCUCCUCCUCCACCUCCUCCUCUUCCUCCUCCUCUUUGCUCAUCCGUUUCGGCCCCGAAAAUAACAAACUGUAAAAGCUGCAUGUGGCUUUUUUUCGUCGUCGGGACUUGCCAGAGGCGAAUGGAUUUUUAUGAGAUGGUUUCAGGCACGUUUCAGAGGGUCCACCGCUUGGCUUUGAAUUGUGCGUGAUUAGCGGAGGGGAGAAGCGAGAGCCUCAUGGAUAACGCGGCGGAGGAUCAGCCCGUAAACUUGCCUGUUGCAGCCUCCGACGCCUAGUGAAGAGGAUCACACAGAGGCACGAGGCUCUUUUUUUUACAGCCCCUCUUCUUUUUUUAUUUAUUCCACUACCGAGCCCCUCCGCCCGCUCCCACCGUGUCUAUCCAAGUCGGAGCGAGCGAGAGAGGGAGAGCGACCGACGACCGAGAGACCAGCCAGCCGGGGAGCCGCGCUUGUUUUCCCCUCCUCCUUUUUAUCCCUCCACAUCCACACUGUCCUUUCUUUCUCCUCACGAUCUGAUCUGAUAUCUUUGUGUUUGAAAACUGCACCCCGCACGCAUACACACACACACAUCACACACACUCACACACACAUCCUCCCCCGAUCUAUGUGGGAGCCCUGAAAGCGCACCCCGGGGGGAAAACUGUGUAUCAAAGCUCCGCGGAUCCCCCAGGCAGCAGCGGAUCACCGGGGCCAGAGAAGAACUCCCUGCCGGGCCCCCGAAGCCAACAUGCCGCGGAGGAAGCAGCAAGCGCCCCGGCGCGCAGCAGCGUACGUCCCAGAGGAUGAGAAGGAAGCAGCUCUGUUGGAUGAGGACCUGGAUGGAGAUGACUCAGCCCAGGAAGGAGAGGAACCCACUGCCAAGUUUCUGUGCCGGGACAAGGACUUUCUUCUUAAGGACCGGCCAGGAUCCACUGGUUUCCAUGACUCCCCAACUGCUGCAGACUUCUCGGGACAGGAACUGGACAGUGAGUCACACCUGAGUGAAUCCAGCGACCGGAUGUCCGACUUUGACAGCUCCUCAAUGAAAAAUGAAGAUGAUGUUCUCCUGUCCAAAGACCCAAUGAAUCCCCUCUCUCUGGCCUCUUCUGCCAUCAUGAUGGCCGCCGCCACCUCCACAGCCCAAACCAGUGGAGAGGACACCAUCUCAGCCACUACAGUGCCAGUGGUUGACAGCCUGGAGAAGAUGAAGGCUAUUUACACCUCCUUUCUUACUAACUCCUACUGGUCCACACUGAAUCUGAACCUGAGCCAGCCCCCUGCAGAAAAGCCCCCUCGCAGCCACAGCAGCAGCAGUAGCAGCAGCAGUAGCAGUAGCUGUGGAAGUGGAGGCUACGAUUGGCACCAGACAGCCGUGGCCAAAACCCUUCAGCAGGCCUCACAGAAUCACCACAACCGGUUAGGGCUCGUCCACCACCCCACGGUGGCCGUGACCGCAGCAUCUACAGAACCCAACCUCUUUAGCACGGUCCAGCUUUACCGGCAGAGCACCAAACUCUACGGCUCCAUAUUCACUGGUGCCAGCAAGUUCCGAUGCAAGGACUGUAGUGCAGCAUAUGAUACUCUUGUGGAGCUCACAGUACACAUGAAUGAGACAGGCCACUACCGUGAUGAUAACCAUGAGGCAGAUGGUGAGGGCACUAAGCGCUGGUCAAAACCCAGAAAGCGUUCCUUGUUAGAGAUGGAGGGGAAGGAGGAUGCACAGAAAGUUCUUAAGUGCAUGUACUGUGGCCAUUCCUUUGAGUCCCUCCAGGACCUUAGUGUCCACAUGAUCAAGACGAAACACUACCAGAAAGUGCCUCUGAAAGAGCCCGUUACACCAGUGGCAGCUAAGAUUAUCUCCUCUGCCCGAAAGAGAGCCCCCAUUGAGCUAGACAUCCCUAGCUCACCUGACUCUAACGGGGGCACUACACCUAAACCCACCUCCCUCUCCGACUCUAAUGACAUACUCCAGAAAGCCUCCAACCCUUACAUCACACCUAACAACCGCUACGGACACCAGAACGGUGCCAGCUACGCCUGGCAGUUUGAAUCCAGAAAGUCACAGAUCCUCAAAUGCAUGGAGUGUGGCAGCUCCCAUGAUACACUACAAGAGCUAACUGCUCACAUGAUGGUGACCGGACACUUUAUUAAAGUCACCAACUCAGCCAUUAAGAAAGGUAAACCCAUAAUGGAGUCAUCCGCCCCCGCCCCAACCUCCAUCUCGUCUGCUGAAGAGAAGGUCCAGUCUGUUCCCCUGGCUGCAACGGCAUUCUCCCCUCCACCUGCCCCUGUGCCUCCACCUACCAGCAUUUCCCCAGCUACCAUGGCUGUGGAGAUAAAAAAGGAGGAGAAGGAGGAGGAAUGUACGAAGGAGUCUAUCACAAACAACAGUAACAACAUCAACAAAGACAAGAAAGCAGGGGGUGAGGAAGAUGAGGAAAAGUUUGAUAUUUCUUCAAAAUACACCUAUUUGACUGAGGAGGAUCUGGAUGAGAAUCCUAAAGGGGGAUUUGACAUCCUUAAAUCCUUGGAGAACACAGUGACCUCAGCAAUCAACAAGGCCCAGAAUGGGGCUCCCAGCUGGGGUGGAUAUCCCAGCAUUCAUGCUGCCUACCAGCUCCCCAACAUAAUGAAGCUCUCUCUGGGAAACUCUGGGAAAAGCUCCCCCCUCAAAUACAUGUUCCCUGGAGGGGAGAUCCUCUCUCCCACUGGCAAGAAUCAGCCGCUUAUCUCCCCUCCCAGCCGACAGACCUCCCCUCUGCCCAAGAACAACUUCCAUGCUAUGGAGGAGCUAGUCAAGAAGGUGACAGAGAAAGUGGCCAAGGUAGAAGAGAAGAUGAGAGAGCCCAGUGGAGUUGUAAGGGCGUCUCCUCUGAGGCGUACCACACCCUCUCCCUGCAACAGCGAGGCAGGGGACUCAGCCCAAGGAGACUCCCCCAAAGAAAGGAGAGGAGGAGGCUCCAAAACCCCAGAGAAUACGGGUGGAGGGGAAAAAGUAGGUGGAGGAGAUGGAAGUGGAACCAAUCACAGAGAUUCAAAUGGUGAUGUGACUAUAAAAGAGCCUGUGGAAAAUGGAGUGGAGUCCACCGCUGUGACUUCCCCGCUGUCUGCUUCUCUGUGUGGCAGCACAGCCAUCAUCACAGACCACCCUCCUCCAGAGCAGCCAUUCGUUAACCCUCUUAGUGCACUGCAGUCAGUGAUGAACGUCCACCUGGGGAAGGCUGCUAAGCCCGCCCUGCCCUCCCUUGACCCUAUGAGCAUGUUGUUCAAGAUGAGCAACAGCUUGGCAGAAAAAGCAGCAGUGGCUGCCUCUACCCCACCAGCACAGACCAAAAAGCCCACCAAUGACCACUUAGACCGUUACUUCUACCAGCAACAUCUGAACAGUAAUGACCAGCCCAUAGACCUGACCAAGGGCAAAAGUGUGGACAAAAACAGCAGUAGUGGCUCUUUGGGUUCAACAGCUCUCUCCUCCUCCACCUCCACCCCAUCCUCAAUUUCCCCUUCCUCCACAGUCACCAUGGCCAAAACCUCAGCUGCAGUAGCUUCCUUCAUGUCCAACUCACCUUUGAGGGAGAAUGCCCUGUCAGACAUCUCAGACAUGUUGAGGAACCUUACAGAGAGCCAGACUGUCUCCAAGUCCUCCACACCUACUAGUAUGUCCGAGCGCUCUGAUAUUGAAGGUGCCACACAGGAGGAAACAGAAGAUGUUUCACCAGCCCAGAAACGUAAAGGUCGCCAAUCAAACUGGAACCCUCAACACCUCCUUAUCCUCCAAGCCCAGUUUGCUUCCAGUCUCAGACAAACAAAUGAUGGCAAGUACAUGAUGUCAGACCUGAGCCCGCAGGAGAGGAUGCACAUCUCCCGUUUCACAGGCCUCUCGAUGACCACAAUAUCACACUGGUUGGCCAAUGUCAAAUACCAGCUGAGGAGAACCGGCGGCACCAAGUUCUUGAAAAACCUGGACUCAGGUCACCCGGUGUUCUUCUGCAGCGACUGCGCCUCUCAGAUUCGCUCACCGUCCACUUACGUCAGUCACUUGGAGUCCCACCUGGGCUUCCGACUGCGAGACCUGGCCAAGCUCUCUGGGGAGCAGCUGCUCAGCCAGAUAUCGCAGCAACACCAUCAGCAACGCCACACCAAAGGACUGUCUGAAAAACUGCUCUCUAACCUUCACCCCUCCAGCCAUCCUCUACCCUCCUCUUUACCCUCCCUACCCACCUCCCUGCCAUCCUCCUUAACUACCCCUCUACCCCCGGCCGACUCCCCAUCACCCUCCUCAGAGGAGGACGGCAGUGGUGCCAUGUACCAGUGCAAGCUCUGCAGCCGGACUUUUGCAAGCAAGCAUGCGGUCAAGCUUCACCUGAGCAAGACUCAUGGGAAGUCUCCCGAGGACCACCUCAUGUAUGUGUGUGAGCUGGAGAAACAGUAGCACUGGCUGGGGACAAUGCUGCACUCUUUCUUAAUAUCACUCACUAUUUCUUGCUCUGUCUCUCUCUUUAGCCUUUCACAGACAUUUCUUUUAAAGAAGAGAAAGGACCAUGAAAAUGACAGAACUGCACAAAGAUGCCAUACAACUACUGCUUUGAGUUUUGGCACAUGGUUUUAAUUUUUAUUUGUUGUUGUUGCUGUUGUGUUUUUUUUUAUGUUUCUGUCUGAGGUAGACUCACUCUGGCCCAAGACACUCAGUUUUCUUGUGUUUAGUGCUCUCCUUUGACAGGAAUAGAGUGACUUUCUCAAAAUGUGCAGAUGGGGAUGUUGUCAUUGAUGAGAUACAGUAUAUGAAGGUUUAAAAAAGAGAUUUUAAAAUGAAGUGGUGUGUAUUUUGAAACUUGUGUAAAUGGGAUUAAGUUCCUUUAUAUUUUGGCAUCACUGGGGUGUGAUAAGCUGCAUGCAUAAAUGAAACAGUUUAGUUAAACAUUGUAUAACUAAAUCUGGUGCACUUUCCAUGAUUUAUAAUUUUUUUUCCCUCUCACUUUGUUCCUUCUCUCGCUCGCUCUGUCACUAAUCUUUUUUUCGUUUGUUUGCUUUGUUUUGAUUCCGUAAAACAUUUUUGUGCUGGUGUCAGCAUUUUAAAAUUUAACCCUCUGAGUACGUCAAAGCACUUCUACACCUAAGAUCCAAAACACUAUUGACACAAGAUUUGAGAUUGGAAUUUACUGAAGCUAUUGUGAGAAUUAAAUGGACAAUGAGUGCAUUGUGUCUGCGAUGUCCAUGUUUCCCAGACAUACGUUGAGUCUAAUCCCAGACAUGAAAGCAUUUUGAAAAAGGCGCUUCUCCAUUCAAAGGAAGGUUUUAGUCUUGUGCUUAAUCUUUGUCUGGAAAAUGCUCCCGAGUCUUGACACAAGCAUCGUAGCUACAGUAUGUGAUGCAAAAAAACAACUGAAUCUGACGUCUCUUACUUUGUUUGAUCAGGGACCUUUAUUAAUUCAGGUCUGUGUAAAAAUGUAUAUAAAAAAACAUAUUAACUAAUUCCUGUCUAAAUUAUGCAUUGUUUCUAUAUUUUUAAUUUAAGAGGAUUAUGACUAUCUGCUGGUGCACAAUAUAUGAAGACAUGAAUAAAAUUGUUUUGCACAAUAGUUUUAUAAAUGUGUUAUUUAAUCAAAUAAUAUGAACGUGGGAGGAGGCAAAAAGACGACAACAGGUGAAUCUUUUUAUUCCCAACUCGUGCUCAAAGGGUUAAAGAUUCUUUUUACCAGACACUACUCUACAUGUGCCGCUGUAUGAACACUAAAAAGAUUAUAAAGGUUGUACAAAAGAUGUUACUUUAUCAAGAAAUUUCACAUGUAAUCUGUUAUUUAUAAGCACUCUUGGUUGUUUCAUAUCGUUGAAUGCCUUUUCGAUUGGUCCUUUUUUUUUUUAUUUCUUUUUUUUUUUUUCUGUCUAAUUACUCUCCCAUGAUUCCACACUGCAGCUUUAUCUUUUCGGGAUAUGAAAGGUAACCAUGGUUACGCUAACCUCUUGAGUGACAAGUUCUGCUACAUUUUUGGCAGUUAAUUUGCUGAAGUAACUGACAGCUGCCAGUGUAGAGAAAUAAAAAAAAAAAAAUCCUUAUGUGUAAAAUAUCGGCAUGUAAACAGCACAGAUACUGUUAUGCAUUCUGUGCCGUGAGUCUUUUUGUUUCGUUAUUUACUUUUCUGUUGUUGUUGUUCUUGACAAUGAACACCCAUUAUAUGACUUCAUAUAACCUUGUUUUCUACUGCAGCAUUAA